AUGUCGGUCAGCCAAGAGCGCUUGACCGGUAACUUAGGCGCUGCUAGGGCCGGGAAGCCUAACGCGCACAAAAUUGGUCAAAAGUUCUGGCCGCUUGCCGGUCCGGCAGUAAGACUUGGCGCAACUACUCUGUUAGGUUCACAUCAAAUGAGAAAAGCACCGGACUCGAGUUUCUCUCGUACUAGAACGAGAUGGAUCAAGUACGUGGUUCGAACCCCACCUCUGCUUCUGGACUUCUCCUGUCUAGGCUUGGGCGACCUGGCAGUAUCCCAGCCCUUGUGCUUCCUUCGGGUAGCAUGGCAUUUAGGCACCGAAAGGGUGCUACAGCUGAACGAUUUUUUCGUACUAGAGCUCAUCAGCAAUGCAUGCCCUCGCCUUGAUUCGGACCCUGGGCAGCUAACACGCGAAGCGAGCGCAAUACCACUACUCCACCAUCGCACACUGGAGGCCUUACGUCUGAAAAGGCGAAUGCGUUCACGAUUAGAAGAUUCAAGAGUUGGCCACCUCUCUGUUUACACCAUUCUGAAUUGGGCAUGGAAGACAGCACUCCCUUCAGCAAACGAUGGUUAG